AUGCGACUGGCUAUUUAUAAGAAAAGAAUUGAAUGCCUGGCUGAUGUUGUCAAAGAAUUGCAGGAACAGAAUGAAAGAUUGAGACAGAAAUUUAAAAAAUAUAAUCAGGUUGCUCGUGAUGAUGCUAGUGGAGAUUUGAGUGAAGUAAUUGAUCAGCAAAGAUGUGAAAUAGAUGAGUUAAAUAAAAAGUUGGAGAGGGCUGAAUGUGAUAAAGAAGAGUUGAGAAAAAAUCAUAGAGAUAUUGUUGAGGAGUAUAAGAGUACGAUGAUUGAGCAAAUAAGUAAAUUUAAAAGCUGCUUACAGAAUGAGCAGUUGAAGAAUGCUGAUUUUAUUGAUAGGAUAUCAUUUUUAUCGAAGCAAGUUGAAAAUAUGAGACUUGAAAAACAAGAGGAAAUAAAUUGUGUUAAAAAAAAUUCUUAUGAUAAGCUGGAGUCGAAUAAAUGUCAUUAUGAAAUGUUACUGAAGGAAAAGGAACAGGAAGUACAGGUGCAAAUUGGAAUUGUUGGCCAGUUAAAAGAAGAAAUAGCUGCUAUGGCUGGUAAACUACGAGAUAUGGAAGAUAAAUUGCAGAUUAAAAUACAGGAUGAGAAUAAAUUACAGGAUUUACUUACUGAUCAAUAUUCGUCGAUGAAAGAAGAGUUUGUUAAAAUAAGAAAUGAAAUGGAAGCUGUUAAUCAACAGCACCAUCACUAUUUAGUGGACAAAGUAUCAAUGUUGAAAAAAAAUCUUUUUAAAGUUGAAAUAUCUAAGCACAAGCUUGCUUCUCAGUAUAAAAGAAAAUUGUUUGAACUACAGAAGGAUAAAGAGCUGGAAAUAACAUCACUGCAAAUGCAGCUGGAAGGGCAAAGAAACGAAGCAUCUUCUAUUACUUCAGACAAGCAAUUUGACGUCAAUGGUUAUUCAGAUCGACUAGAAGAGAGAUACAAAGAACAUUUGGCAUCUAGUGAAGCGGCUGCCGACAGUCAAAAGAAAAAAUUUCAACAGAAAAUAUUGGACCUAGAAAGCCAAAUAAAUAACAUAAAGAAAGGUUUAAUAGAAAAAGGAAUUUACAUCUAA